AUGGGGUUCGAGUCCGGUGAGGAACGUUUCCAGAAAGCUGGAAUUGAAUGGAUCCAGCCAGGAGAGGCCUUCACUGUGUACCACACCAGCCCGACGCUUUCCAGCUUAUGCAAACCCGUGGUGCUGUGGACCCAGCAGGACGUGUGUAAGUGGCUGAAGAAACACUGUCCCCACAACUACCUGACCUAUGUGGAGGCCUUUUCUCACCACGCCAUCACAGGUCGAGCGCUGCUGCGGUUGAAUGGAGAGAAGCUGGCAAGGAUGGGGAUCAUCCAGGAGACACUGAGACAGGAGGUGCUGCAGCAGGUCCUUCAGCUGCAGGUCAGAGAGGAGGUGCGCAACCUACAGCUGCUCAGCAGAGCUUCCUUCGGCAACAUUUCUUAGCUCAUCUGUCCUUUGGCAGCUCUCUCGACUUCCCGGGAGAUACAGGAAGCCUUAUUCCCAACUGUAACAGACAUUUCGAGAGAAAGAGAGAGACUCUGCCUGCCUGUGGAUCAGUGGAGGAGACUGUUAACUUGACACCAGUUUAACAGACAGGACUGCCUUUUUAUGAAGAAAUUGAUAGGAUUUCAGACACUCAAAAUGACAAAGGCUACUCUACAACUGUAAUAUAGUGAUAAGAUUCAAGUUUCACCUCAUCUCUACAAAACCUACAGCACCAACCAGAGCUCUGUCAGACAGCACUUAGAUCAAGACCUCUCAAUGGAUCCAAAUCUGAAGUUGAACUAUUAUCUCAGUUGAUGUCAUGGAGCGAUUUGUCUCAGUAGCCUUGAUCCCCCCCUUCCCCCUCCCACCAACCCUGAGGUUUAAAGUGUUUGGAUAUCAGACAGCCUUGCUCUUUUAACCAAGCAACACUCACUCAACAUGGACGUAGAUGCAAUGCUGAACAAAUCCUGUUUCUACAAGUGUAGGAACAGACAACCCCUCCUCCUACCUCUCACGAUAGAUUGUAUCAUUCGAUUUACAAUAGACUUAAGGCAUGACAUUUGAUUAUCUGAAAUUUCCACACUUCAGGCUAAGGACUUUUGACCACACCGAUCAAAACAACUGCAUAAUUUUUGAAGGACCCUUUCUUUUAAAAUGAACUUUAAACAUUGAAUGUUAAUACUAUCAGAUGUGCACACCUAAAAACUGACCAUUGUUUUGCUUUUCUUCUCAGGUCGUUUAUUUACAUUCUAUGCUGUAACCUUCAUUUAAAUGUCAUUUUGAAAUCACACAAUGUAGUUGUUCAGGUUUUCUCUUAAUAUACAAAGAAUAUAUCAGAGUAUGAAUAUACCUUUACCCUAGGAGUUGAGGCCCAUUCACACCAAAGACAAUAACUAUAAUGGUAAAGAUAUUGUUCCAUUUUUCUUAAAUUAAAAUCACUGAUAUAAGGAUAAUGGCAGAUAAUAAGAGUAAGGUUGGGAAAAAGUCCAACUGAUAAUUUAUAAAAAAACAUUGAAAACCAAUUUAAUGAAUCCAUUGGUUUCAAUGUUAGUAUUUAUAAUAUUUAUCAAUCUUAAUGUGAACGGGCCUUUAGAGUAUGUGUCUAGAUUAUUGUCCCUUGUAGAAAUCCCAGUUGUCCUUAUUUACAAAGCAAUAAUGUAAAGUCGUGCCACAUGCCUGCAUGGCUAGACCUAUUAGAGACUGUUUUCAGCUACAUAAACAAUCAUAAACUUUAAGUCUGAAAUAUACUUCACACAAGAGAAGGUUUCUGCAUUCUAACUGAAUUUGGUGUUGAAUUCCAAGAUGACUCAAUGUGUAAUCCACUGCAAUUAAAUGUCACCCUUUCUAUUCUAAUCACCAUGCUCUAAAUGAGAUUCUAACUUUUCCCAAGAUUUUUUAUAAAGUUUCCAUUAUGGGAGCUAGGGAGGCUUUACUAUAGAGUCUAAUGUCAAUAGUACACCUCAUAAGCCGGUGUGGGGGGUGAGGAAGGUUUAAAGCUGUUACCCAUUACACUCAACCUCUUAAACUUCACUCCCAUCUGGGUGUCAUAGCACCAACAAAUCCCCUCUGGUCUUGGGAUGCAUCAAGUGGGACUCAAGCCACUGUUUCUGUCAAGGACAUUAAGCAUCCAACAAAAUUGUUUAAAAUUGGAGCCUCUAUUAUCAGGCACUAUCCACUGUUGCUGGCCUUAUUUACACAGACAGACCUAAAGCUAAUUUCUACCCGGGUCAUGGCAUCAGUGUAACCCCUGUGGUUCUACACACUUUGGACCAAAUCUGUGAUUUUGGGAAGGGAGGCAGACAUGCUAACGCCCCCAUUUACACAAGGCGUCAGCGUCAAUGCUUCCCAUUCACUUUGAACGGGUGACGUCAGGCAUUGUCGAACUGCAUUGUGGAUUCGUCGGCGCCGGUUCAGUGGCGUUGCUUGCUGCAGAAGUUGGGAAAUUCUCAACUUUUGAAGCGACAAUGGAAGCGUCAGCCAAUCAAAUCGCUUAAUGCAAAUACCCCAGCUCACACAGUAGCCGAUUGCGGACUAAUUUCAUUGGCUGAUGCUGCUAUGACGAUCGCGUCAACCCCAACUUCAGACACGCCCUUAGUCAAGCCUUGACGCUGAAGCCCUGUGUGAAUGCACAGGAAGCCAAUAACUGCAAACUAUAGCAUCAGUCAUAUUUGUGUCUCUUGAGGCUAGGUUUACUCACACAGCUUUGGGACAUGACACCAAUUUGACUCUUCCUAUUUUACUCACCCCAUAGCCAGUGGGAUUCGAACCAAUGUCUUCAACUGUAGAUGUGGGUAACACUAUUAAGGACACAAAAGGCUCAGAUUCUAGCUACCACUUGAGGCCUGGAGAGUGAGAUGUAAAGCUUUUACCAAUUGUCGAAACCUCACUCCCUUAUGGGUCACAAAACUGACAAAGAUCCUAUGGAAAUGAAGCCAAACCACUGUUUCGGCAAAGAUGGCAAGCACCCAACAAAAACAUUUAAAACUGGAGAAUCUAGCACAAGGCACAAGUCGUUGUUGUUGUCUUCAUUUACAUACCCAAGCCUAAAGCUCAAUUCCACACGGGGUCACGGCACCAGUGUAACCCCUCUGGCUCUACACUAAUUGCUCCAAGCAUGGGCUCACAUUUGUGUUUUUUGGCAGGGAAUGUAGAUGCAUUAAUACGAACUGCAGGUUCUAAUGUCAGUCAUAUUUGCACCUCUUGAGGCUAGAUUACAUACAUACCUGUUCUAUUGUACUCACCCCACUCUAAGUGGGAUUCUGACCAUUGUGUCUGACAUGAGAAGUGGAUACACUAACAACACACCCUCUAGCCUUCUUUGAGGUUUACCCAUACAACUAAUACGAGAUAGCUUCCACUACACAUUUAAAUUUGGGUCACGGCACCAUUGUGAACCCUUCCAUUCUACUCACUAUACUCCAAGUGAAAAUCAAACCAGUGUCUAUGACAUGAGAAGUGGGUACACUACCAAGGACACAAAAGGAUGCAGCUACUAGCAUUAGUUGCUCCUGCAUCUCUUGAGUCGGAGUAAUGAUGAUUACCCAUUCAACUAAUAAUAGGCAGCUUCCACUACACACACUGCACUCCGGGUCAUGGCACCGAUGUGAACCCUUCCAUUAUACUCACCUCACUCCAAGUGGGAUUCAAACCAGUGUCUUUGACAUGAGAAGUAGGUACACUACCAAGGACACAAAAGUCAUUUCACCAACAUAACCAAUUCAUUUCUACUUGCCCUGCUCAAAUCAUGAUUUGAACAGGCAUUUCCAGAAUGUUAGAUGGGUGUACUAACAAGGAUGCUGAAGACCAUAGUCUCUAGUGUUAAUUGGUUCAGUUGGUCUCAAGUGAUAGUUUUCCACUCCAGGUCAAGGCAGAAAUGAUUACCCACACAGCUCUUACUAUUCAGCCUUUGUUACAGGUUUCUCUUUGAGGUCAACUACUGUGAUGGCGGAAGAGUGGAUUGAAGUAGUUUGUGGAUUCAGUGUUUUAAUCCUGUUGGUGUUUGUUGGGUUUCCCAGCAUACUAAAUCCAAAAUCCAACUUUAAAGGAGCACUCCACUUUUAUUUAUUUAUUUUUUUAAAUAGGCUAAUUUUACUAUUUGCAUAGCGUUAAAUGGUGGGAUCAGAUUAGACCAAUAGCAUCUCUCUCAAAAAUGACCAAAAGGAUUCGAUAAUUGACCUUAUCUAACAGUCUAGAUCAAUAAAUAUAGGAACUGUUUUCUCAUUCUGGUGUGAUAAUUAAGGAUUUUUGCUGCUGUACUUUGGUUGCAUUAGGCACAGUGAUAUUCUGCAGCUCCUGAAAAUAGUCCCUAGCUGGGAAAUUAGGUAACAGUGAUGUGAAAUAUUAUUGUGCCAGCUGCAGCCAUGGUAUGGCAGCAAAUUUCCCAGAUUAUUAUGCCAGAAUGAGAGUAUAGUUUCUAGGCAUACUGACCUAAAACACAUGUGUCAAACUCAGUUCUUGGAGGACCGGAGCUCUGCACAGAUUAAUUCCAACCCUAAUUAAACAGACAUGAUUUAACUAAUUGAGUGCUUCAGGCUUGUUUGAAACAUGCAGUUAAGUGUGUUGAAGCAGGGUUGAAACUAAACUGUUCAGGGCUGCAGCCCUCUAGGAUCUGAGUUUGACAUCCCUGACCUAGAAAAUAUUAACAUUUCAUUUUCCCUUGGUCUUAGUACACAAUGUAAGUACAUAAAAGUGAAGGUUUAGUCAGGAAAAUUAAAAAUACACUUUUCAGAGAGAGAAAUGCUAAUGGUCUAAUCUGAUUAAAUUAUUUAUGCUAAGCUAAGAUAAAAUGCUCAUCCCAGACCCGGAGAACAGUUGUAUGGAUUCAAAAAUAGUAAAACUCCAGUGUUUAACUUUAGGGUAAACUUGUAAAAUGAGCCAUUACCAAAAAGUGAAGUGUUCCUUUAAACGUUUGAUAUGUUGCUGGUUGUGUAAGCUAGCCUUUAGAGAAAUCAGGUUUGUUAUCGCAGGAAGUCAAUAAGGCAUGCUAUGUAUUUACUAUAGAGAGACCAUUUAUUUUCUCUAGUAUGUUAAAGGACCUUUGGCGGAGAGAAUGUAAUUAUUUGCAUUAUUUCAUUAGUUUUGCUAAAUCCUGAAUAGUCCAACACUCAACUGCACUGUGAUACGAUAGUGUGGUUUUAAGCAGGCUUAAAUGUUUGUGUUCAGAGAAUAGGGCCGGAGUUACUGUAAAAUCCUAUUUUACAAAGGAUAUAGAUUGAUUGUCGGAUGCUUAUGACACCAGUCAUUGUUCAUGGCUUUUGCACACUGUACUCAAACUGAUGAAAAUCUAGCCUCGUGAAGCACACCAAUCCAGACUAUCCAGGUUAAAAGUGUUUAUAUGGGACUGACAGGCUGGAAUUACAUUUGAAAUUCAUGUGACAGAAGAAAGAUGUCUUUCCAGAGGGUUUUGCUGACUCUUUAAAUCUGGCACACUAUUUUUUUUUUCUCUCCAGACACGUAAAGGGUUUCUUUUAGAUCUUGUUAUGCAAAAAAAUGAGGGAAAUGAACAUUGGUUAUGUAAUGACCUGCUACUAAUAUGAUUAUACAAGACGUAGUGUGGCAUAGACAGCU